AUGGGCAUGGGCGGGAUGGGAGGUUAUGGAGGUUACGGAGGCGGAUAUGGCAGCUACGGAGGCUAUGGAGGCUACGGAGGCAUGGGAAUGGGCAUGGGAGGGAUGGGCAUGGGUGGCAUGGGCUACGGAGGCAUGAACGGUAUGCCCGGUCAACCUGGAGACAUUUCCCUCACCCAACGCAUGGAGUCUGGCACCCAAGCGACAUUCGAGCUCAUCUCCUCCAUCGUGGGCGCCUUUGGCGGAUUCGCACAGAUGCUCGAGUCUACCUUCAUGGCCACUCAUUCGUCCUUUUUCGCAAUGGUCGGUGUUGCGGACCAGUUUGCGCACCUGAGAAACUACCUUGGACAAGUUCUCUCCAUCUUUGCGCUGGCCCGAUACCUCAAAAACCUCUUCCUGCGCGUGACGGGACGGGCGCCCGCCAUUGAUCUCGAUCCGCGCGAAUUCAAGGACUUCGCCGCCCACGCCGGCCAGGCUGGUGCCAAUGGUCAAGCCAAGGCGAGACCGAGCAAGAGGCCGCUUGUCGUCUUUUUCCUCGCCGUCGUCGGUCUUCCCUACCUCAUGGGCAAGCUCGUGCGGCUCAUCACUGCGCGACAGGAAGAGGAGAGGCUUCGUCUCGAGAAGCAGGGUCUCUUGCCACCGGGUCAACAGCAACAGCAGCAGGGCAUGCUCCCUGGCCAGCAAGGCGGUGGAAUGAUCUCUCAGCAGCAACAGGAGGCCGCGCUGGACCCGAGCAAGCUGACAUUUGUCAGGGCGCUGUAUGCCUACAAUGCCGCCGAUCCGCUCGAACUCGGUAUCAAGCAAAACGACAUUGUCGCCGUUCUCAGCAAAACGGAUCCGCAAACCGGUCUGGAAUCGCAGUGGUGGAAGGGUAGGACAAGGGAUGGACGUGUGGGCUGGUUCCCCAGUACCUACGUCGAGUCGCUCGAGACAGCCAAGGAGCGGGCAGCAAAGGCGGCUCCUGGCGAAGCAAAGGCGGUUGAUGCGGCCCCUGCAAAGGCGCUGCCGAAGCCUACUGCUACGGCGGCUUCCUCCUAG